AUGGUUGUGAUGCCAAAUCUCAGGGAACAAAUUGAGCUGAACUUCGCCGAUGGCGACUAUUUACCGCCAAACGAACCAGGGGAUGAGCCAAUGGAGAUACCACCACCAGCUCCACCCGCAGCCCCACCAAUUGCACCACAGGCAGCUCCACCCGCAGCCCAACCAAUUGCACCGCAGGCAGCUCCACCCGUAGCCUUGCCAAUAGCUCCGCAGGCAGCUCUACCCGCAGCCUUGCCAAUAGUUCCGCAGGCAGCUCCAGCGGUGGGUCCACCAAUAGAGCAACCGAACUGGUUGCCUGGCCAGCAAGGCGUUCCGGGACAACCAGCAAACACAUCUUGCGGCAGAUCGUUUGGCAAGAGAAGCAUUCCGAGGCAGGCGUGGGCAACGAAACCCAAAUCAACGUGGUCGCAAUGGCCGAGGUGA